AUGUCUGAAGUCACAUUUUUCCUUGCGCCUACCGACGGCAGCGUCCAGCCAUCUUCAGGCCGUGGCAAACGACUCACCGCUGCAGAGGAGGCUAUGCUUAUCAGCCUUUGUGUGGAGAACAAGCACGGAGAGCCAUUUUCCGAUAAAACGAAACGCUUCUGGAUGCAAAUGUCCGAUCUGUUCUUCCAUGCCGCUGGCCGUAAUUAUUCAUGGCAGUCUUGCCGACGCUGCAUGGCCACAUGGGAGGUCAACAAUGUGUCACCGGAGUGUCUAACUGAACCUAUCACUACAUCUACCGAACACGAAAUUUCUUCUCCACGACAAAUCGUAUCCUCCAGGGAACUGAAACCUACUACUUCCACUGGGCCAGUGCCGGAAGCUCUACCCGUACCCUCUGGCAUUGCGGCUCCACAGUUUGAUCAGUCUGCUGGUUCUGUCCGGCAAAUAUAUGGGGAAGACUCAGGAUCAAAUACCCCUGAUCUGGCUGAUGAAACGGAUGAUGAUGGACUACCUACCAACCUCCGAGUUAUUCGUGGUAAGAGCAAGUCUAUUACCGAGAAGGCCGCCCUUCAAAAUGAGCUCUGCUUGUCUGCUUCCAAAGUGAUAGAGUCGUUUGAACACCAGAUUGCUUACCUGAAUGCUGCACUGGAAGAUGACCUUGAGCACCGGCGUUGUAUUGACAAUACUUUUUUGCUGCUCAAGACUCAGCUGGAGGAUUCCAUUCAAAGAUUCAAGAAGCGUGCUGAGGAGAAAUGA